AUGACGUCCAUGUUUCGAAGGGGCACCAUAUUUGCGACGUUCUUCCUCUCUUUAAUUAGCGGGGGAUUAUUGUGUGGUGCGCUGGUAACACAACACUGGAUUGAAGCCAAACCAUGGAUACCUGACGGACCCAAAAAUAGUGCUGGAAAAAUUCAUUUUGGAUUAUUGAAUGGCACUAAAGAGCUCAAUUAUGGUUAUGGAUGGAGGACACAUCAUUUCUCUGUUUCCAAACUAAUUGAACAAGAUCCAUUGGUAAUGUCAUGGGGCUUGUGGUUUGGAACUUUGGUGACAACAUGUGCAGCCUUGUUAGCUGCAGCACUUGCCGCACUUUUGGCUGUCUUAAACACGGCCACAACACCGAGAAGUAAAAUAUUUUCCGUACCCGGCAUUUAUUUUAUCAACAUUUUGGCACUAUUAUUAUGCGCCGCCAGUAAUGGCACAUGGUUGGCACAAUAUUACACAAAAUUGUAUGGAAACGUAUUGCCGAAGGAAAAUAUAAACGAAAAAUGGACCAGUGAAGGAUCUGCUGAAUUCGGUUAUUCAUUCUGGUUUGUCGUAUCUGCCGGUGUUGUGCAUCUCAUUAGCAUUGCUUUGAUCGGUUGGGGAUCUGGAAAAAACAAGAGCGAUCGCCUGGAACCGAUUCCUCCUCUAGAAGAAAAGACUGCAGCAGCCAUAAUGCUAUACUAAUUUUUUUUUAAUCCCCCAAGACUAUCGUCGUUUUUUUUUACAAAAACGUUAAUAAUAAUAUUAAUAUGUCUCUAAUCCGAUAUUUUUUAUAUAAAAAGAAAGAAAAAAUAUUUUCACAAGAACUUUACGAAUUCAUCAAAAAUGAAAAUUUAAUUUAAUUCAUCUAAUUAAACAGACAAGUAAAGUGCUAUUAUACGUGGAUAAAUGGUAAAAAUUAAGAAUAAAAAUCAACAUACAUAUUUAAUGAGUAGUUAAGUAAAUUAGCAUAACGCUAAUUAAAUUGCAGUUUCAUAGAAGAAUUCGCUAAGUUUGUCGUGGAAAAAUAAAUUUUAAUAAAAAUGUGCCUCUUCCUUAGUUUAUAAAACUAAAUGUAAAUAGAAAAUGUGUGGAAGAUUUUUUUUUUAUAUUCUUAUUUAUUACAUGACAGACUUAUAGGUCGUACAAAUACAGUAUUCAUACGUA